UCAAUUGCCUACCCUUUCCUCAAUUGAACAACUUUGAAUUUUCUGUAGCACAACAUGCCCGGCUUUGCACAAGCCUCCGAUCUUUCCGCCUGGUCGGCUCUCCAGGAUCACCACCAGAAGCUCGGAAAGGACAUUGUAUUGAAGGAGUACUUCAAGAAGGACCCUCAGCGAUUCGAGAAGUUCAGCCACAUCUUCAAGAAUGACGCCGAGGACUCCGAGAUCCUGUUCGACUUCUCCAAGAACUUCAUCACCGAGGAGACUGUGAAGCUCCUUGUUGAGCUUGCGAAGGAGGCUGGUAUCGAAAAGCUCCGCGAUGACAUGUUUGCUGGCGAGAAGAUCAACUUCACCGAGAACCGCGCCGUCUACCAUGUCGCCCUACGUAACACCUCGAACCAGCCCAUGAAGGUCGAUGGAAAGAGCGUUGUUGAGGACGUAAACGAGGUGUUGGACCACAUGAAGGAGUUCAGCGAGCAGGUCCGAAGCGGCGAAUGGAAGGGCUACACUGGCAAGAAGAUUGAUACCAUCAUCAACAUUGGUAUCGGUGGUUCAGACCUUGGCCCCGUCAUGGUCACCGAAGCCCUCAAGGCUUACUCCGACCGUAACCUCAAGACCCACUUCGUCUCCAAUAUCGACGGCACUCAUAUCGCGGAAGCUCUGAAAGACUCCAACCCGGAGACUUCGCUCUUCUUGAUCGCCUCCAAGACCUUUACUACAGCCGAGACAGUUACCAACGCCAACUCUGCGAAGGCAUGGUUCCUGAAGAGCGCUAAAGAGGAGGAUAUUGCCAAGCACUUUGUGGCUCUGUCGACCAACGAGGAUGAGGUCACCAAGUUCGGUAUCGACAAGAAGAACAUGUUUGGCUUCUCCGACUGGGUUGGUGGACGCUACAGCGUCUGGAGUGCCAUUGGUCUGAGUGUAGCCCUCUACAUCGGCUUCGACAACUUCCACCAAUUCCUCGCUGGUGCCCAUUCCAUGGACAAGCACUUCAGGGAGACUCCCCUUGAGAAGAACAUCCCGGUGCUUGGUGGUCUGCUGAGUGUGUGGUACUCCGACUUCUUCGGAGCCCAAACGCACCUUGUCUCUCCCUUCGACCAGUACCUCCACAGGUUCCCCGCUUACCUCCAGCAACUGUCCAUGGAGUCCAACGGAAAGGCCAUCACCCGUAGCGGCGACUAUGUAAAGUACACCACCGGCCCGAUCGUGUUCGGCGAGCCGGCUACGAAUGCUCAGCACUCCUUCUACCAGUUGCUACACCAGGGCACCAAGCUCAUCCCUACUGACUUCCUCAUGGCUGCUCAGAGCCACAACCCUGUCGACAACAACAAGCACCAGAAGAUGCUUGCAUCCAACUUCUUCGCUCAGGCUGAGGCCCUUAUGGUUGGCAAGACCCCCGAUCAGGUUAAGGCGGAAGGUGCACCCGACAACCUCGUCUCUCACAAGACUUUCCUCGGCAACCGACCUACUACUUCUAUCUUGGCCGACAAGAUCACACCCGCCAGUCUUGGUGCUCUGAUCGUCUAUUACGAACACCUGACCUUCACCGAGGGCGCCAUCUGGAACAUCAACAGCUUCGACCAGUGGGGUGUUGAGCUCGGAAAGUCUUUGGCCAAGAAGAUCCAGGCUGAACUUGACGAUGAUAAGGAGUCUACUUCUCACGACGCCAGCACAAACAGUCUCAUCAACGCUUUCAAGAAGAAGGCAUCCUUGUAAAGAGAAGAAGUGGAUGCUCAUAACGGCUGAAUGACUAUGACUUCAUGAAAGGAGCAAAAGUAUCUAGUAGGCGUCUGAGGUAUCAGUAAAUGCAAUCAAUCAUUGCGUGAAUAAAUAAAACGU